GGAAAGCAACACAUACAAGGUGAGAGAACGCAAAGAAGACAGGAGCGAAAGCAACAAGACAUCAUGACGCUCCCCAGAUUGUAACAGACUCAAGGAGGGCUCACUGAUCUAAACUGUGAACUAUUACCGGGUGAGAGAUAUCUGAGAUACAGUAGGACCUCGGCGGCAGUGGACUCACAGUAGGUGAAGGUGAGAACCACCAGCAUCUGAGACGACCCUUGCUAUACAUCUGUGGCUGCAGCCCCGCGGUCUUAUCAGCUAAACCAAACAGUAAAGUGAAAAUGCAAAUCGGCUAAUACCGCACGAAAGUACUCACAUGACUCAUCAAACCAUCCGCUCUAUGGCUGUUCAUUUCAGGUCGCAGUCUGCUGUGGAGCGCUUCCUUCGACCAUGCAGUCCAUGUCGCUGCGCUUUCACGAGGGCCGCGGCGUUCAGGUGGAGGGCGACCCGGUGAGGAAGGGCGCCCGUCGCAAGAGGGAGUUCAUCCCCGAGGAGAAGAAGGACGCCCUCUACUGGGAGAAGCGCCGCAAGAACAACGAGGCGGCCAAGCGGUCCCGGGAGAAGAGACGGAUGAACGACUACGUGCUGGAGUCCCACUUCGUGGCGCUGAAGGAGGAAAACGCCCGGCUCAGCGCCGAAUUAAUGGCCAUCAAGCUCCACUUCGGCCUGAUCCACCCGGCAGCGUUCGCGGCUCAGAGCAACCAACUGCAGCAUCACUUCAGCAGCGGCACGCAGGCCGUCCCGGCCCCCGGCCCCCACCGCCCGCCUCUGCCGAGGGACUACUACUGGGGCUGCAGGGACUCGUCUGUGGCGUCCAGCCGCCACAGCUCCCAGCCUCUGCUGCUGCCUGCUUACGCCCUACACACCACGCCAGGCUACUCGUACUUGAAUCCAUCCGGGGGCGCGAGCUCCGGCCUCCUUAAGCCCUUCCCCCGAAACCUGCUGCAAGCCCAUGCCGCGGCCUCCCUGAAGCCCAUUCCCACCGGCACCGCCUCAGACGAGGAGCAGCAGCUCCCUGGUCUGGAGCCGCUGUCGCGCUCAGCCCUGCCUCGAAAGGUCCCCAUCGGAGCAAACAGACGCCACUCGGAGCCAAGACGAUGCACGUCUGACUGAGCGGGCGAGCGAGCGGCCAGUCAGGUUCUAGAGAUGUUUUUGUUGUCAAAUAAUCCCACUAACACAGUCAUUUCAACAGAAGUUGCAAACCACGUUCAGCGGGCUUUAACAGCUCUGCACUGAAUGGUCAUUUUCACUACAGCCAAAAGAGGAACCCAAUUUAAACCCGCAUUAUUUUCAUUUAAGUUCACAGAAGGUGACGCUGCCUCGCUCGCACCUGAACAUAAUGGUGAGCAACAAAAGUCGAGUAGAUUUUCAGAUGUGGGUUCUUAAAGUAGACCACAGGAGUCAGUGAUUUCAGGUCACCGCGCUUGCUUCAGGAGACUAAUUAUUCACACAGUGAAACCCGCCUUUUUACUGUAUAUAGACACACGGGUCAGACGUUUGUACCACUGACGUGACCAUUCAGCCACCAAGUGGGUUAAUGACGCGUUGGACGGUUCAGACCACACUGAGCAUGAGGCUCAGCCGAUCGAUGACAAUAACUGCUCUAAACCAGUCACUACUGGUAACAUGUCAACCCAUUUUAUAUUUCUGCUUUCAACCAGCAUGUUGGUGGAUGGCGGGUUUGUCUGAAGCAGGGAGGAGCUGGUGUCAUGCUGUGGUGGAGCUUAGCUCCAAGCGCAGGCACGCUUCACAUGCUGAAGUAACACGUCUGCUUCAUGCUUAGUGACACAGUCAGUGGGACCAGACUUUGUUCCCCUCACCAGAUAUACAUGUUAACUGGGCACACUGACGAUACAUAUAAAUUACCAUGUUCCAUUUAGGACGGAGAUUGCACUGUUCUAACAAACGGUGGGCUCCAACCCACUACAUGGAAACACUGAGGCAUGUAUAUGUAAUGUCUUUGUUUUCUAUGUGGGCAGAUAAAGUCAUCUUUUCCCAUAGUGUGGCUGUAAUAACUUCUAAACAUUCCAGUACGCUUCGGACAAUGUCACCUAUAUCUUACCAAAGAUUAAAAUAAUUACAUUAUUACAGUA